CAUCCAUCCAUGAUCUUUAAGUAAAAUUGUUCGAUAAGAAAGACGAAAAGAAGAUGACGACAGCAGUCGAGAUGGCUUCACACUCUCAGGUUUUAGUGGAAGAUAAAUCCAGUGUUAGAAUCUUGACACUAAACAGACCAAAGCAAAUGAAUUCUCUGUGCUCCAACAUGAUCACUCGGUUGCUGCAAUUGUUCCUUGCAUAUGAGGAGGACCCUAAUGUGAAACUCCUCAUCCUAAAGGGUCAGGGAAAGGCCUUUUGUGCUGGUGGCGAUGUUCGACCUGUUAUUUGUGACAUCGUACAAGCAUUUGGAUCAUCUAUUUCUGCGGCGGCGACGGAUGACGCCUGCGUUUCCUUUCUAUCGUCUGAAACGGCCGGAGUAAUGGAUUCGUCAUUAUUCCAAUUUAAUAUGAACGCCCACCACAGACCAUUCGAUGCGCCGUUCCUAUCUCCUGAGCGAUGAAGAUCUGUAUAAAUACGUAAGUACUUCUUCUUAUCUCCACCUCAUACCCUUUCUAUCUCUUGAGAAAAUCUGAUUCGUGUUAUUAUGGCUAUUUCGAGAAUCUUCUUCUCUGACUUGAAGUCCGGCAAAUGCUCUUUCGUCGUCGAGGCAAGGCUGCUGCGAUAUUGGGAGGCGAGGAACGUCAAACGCGGUGGUGACCUGAUGUGGAUCGAUAUGCUGCUUACGGACGUCAAUUCGACUAUAAUGCAAGCUACUAUCAACGCUAACCGGGUUUCAAAAUUCCGAGAGAGGCUCGCCGCAGGAUCGAUGUAUUCUGUCUCCUGCUUCGACGUUGCUCGGUGUGCUCAGAACUUCCACCUUGCAGACUCCCCCUUGAUGAUCCGGUUUAAUGAUUCAACUGACUUUGACGUGUUAGUCAAUCCGGUCUCACCGGAUUCCGGUUUUGUAAUCAAACCGAGUUGGUCGGAUUAGCCAACACGAACUCUCAUCUUCCUGAUGUCAUUGGUGAGAUCACGGCCGUGAAGAGCACCGUGUGUGAGCCUCCGGAGGAUAAAAACCGUGUCAUGGUGACCGUUAGAUUGGAAAAUGAUGUGUCUGUUACUCUUAGCCUGUUCGACGCUCAAGCUGUUUCGUUUCACCAAAAGCUUGAAGGCAUGCGUGUUGAUCGUAAAGUGAUUGUUGCCACGAACAUAAAUCCGAAGAUGGUUGGAGGUCGUUUGUUCCUCAACGCAACAUCAGGAACGCAUGUUUAUUAUGAUAAGGAAACUAAUGCAGGAGAAUCUUUCUUCUACAGAUUGGUGGCUAGGGACACUGCUCUUCCAUCUGCUGCACCCGUGCUAAGGUCAUAUGGAAAGGUUAUCCCCAUGACAAUUGCUGAGCUAAAUGAUUUUAUCAUCACUGCCCCCUCUCAGGACAUCGACUUUUUAUGCACCGGGAGAGUCUCGCGUGUUGAAACAGACAAUGGGUGGUGUUACGUUGCAUGCUCUAAGUGCAGUAAGAAGUUGCAGAGAUCUGUCUCUUCGUUCGAGUGCGUGCGUUGCAGUAAUCCUAAUGCAAUCGGGUCUCUGCGCUAUCGUGUUGAGAUGGUUAUAGCGGAUGAUACUACCGAAGGGACAUUCGUUUGUUUCGAUGGUGUAAUGACAAAGCUACACAAUCUCAUGGCAAGUGAGGCUGUUCAAUUGUUGGCUGAAGAAGGGGUGAAUCCUGAGGACUCUAUGAUGCCCCCGUUUGUUUUUUUUUUUUUUUUUGAAAAAAGGGCAAUGCCCCCGUUUGUUGCAGCUAUGGAAGGCAAGACCUACACCUUUCAGGGAGGUGAUGACAAUGAUGAUGACGAUGCACCAGAUAGCACAGUAAGUCACGGAGAAUUUGCUCCCGGCAAGGACGGUUGUGAUACAUCAAAGAGUGCUGGAAAGGAACAAGUCGGUACUGCGCGUAAGAAGGCGCGUGUUGAAAAAGAUGGAGUAUCAGUAGUUAUCUUUUCAUGCUUUGUGUUUUAAUAACGUUUUCGCAUUCUACUUCCUUUCCCGAAUUAUCUAUCUAUGUUAUGGAUAUCUUCUGUUUACGUUUCCUUGCUUUUACUUUGUGGAUUUUAUGAAUAUUUCGUUAUGGAACAUUUCGUAUCUGUCUUUA